AACUCCUUUAUCGAAAUCCCAUGAAUUUACACUGAAAUUUCCCUAACCACUUUCAGACUUUAUUUUAGAUUUUAGCAAUGCUCAAUCCUUUUUCGAUUUUCAUGGCUUGCUGCAGUUCUGGCUUUUGACUAACGUUAACUGUAUUGUCACUUUAUCACAUUGCAUUUCACCGCUUACGGUAUCUAAGUGUUUUAGAAGUACAGCAGGUUUAUGUUUUUUUGUGUUUGUGCUUUUGAGCGGGCACAUGAUAUUACUCAUGUUUUAAACUUUUUUGAAGGUUUUUCUAUUAUUUUGGUGCCUGAUUUUGUAGUGAUUAAUAUGAAAUUAGUUCAUCAGUUAUAUUUGACUGUAAUUGCAUGUCUUUUGCAACAAAGUAACAGCCAGCUUUUGAAAGCAAAAAAUCGUGAGGUGGCCGGAUUCACCAAAUCGGAUCAAGAUAAAUGGAUUGCUCCAUACACGUUCAUACAAGGAACAGAUCCUCAACCUGGCCUUAUUGACACGAUUUCUGGCGGUAAUGGUACUGUUUGGGCAGAAGAUAUUCGACGCUUGAAUGAAGCUGUAUCAGAUAUUAAUGAUAUUAAGGAUAAACCAAAGUUCUUCUUCAUUAGUGGGGAUCUAGUUGAUGCCUUUCCAGGAGUUGAACCUUAUAGGCAACAGCAGAUUGAUGACGUUAAUGAAAGCCUUGCAGAUUUGCAGAUACCUACUUUGGUUAUCAGUGGAAAUCAUGACAUACUGAAUACACCCACUAGAAAUUCGAUAGAAGAGUUUAAACAGAUAUGGGGAGAUGAUUAUUAUAAAUUUUAUUGUGGAGGUGUUCUCUACAUUGCACUUAACAGUCAAUACUUUUAUGAUUCAUCAGAAGUACAAGAUCUAGCACAAGCUCAAUCGGAUUGGCUUCAAAAUGAGCUUCAACAGGCCAAAUUGGAUGAAGACCUUGAUAAUAUAGUCAUUCUCAUGCACAUUCCUUUAUUCUUGAAACAUGGAGAUGAAGAUGAUGAUGCUUAUUUCAAUAUACCUCGAUCAUUGAGAAUGGAUCUUCUUGACAAAUUCAUGGAGGCUGGAGUUAAAAUUGUCUUCAGUGGUCAUUAUCAUAGAAAUGCUGGUGGAAAGUGGUCAAAUGUGGUAAAUGGAACGAACCUGACAAUAGAAAGUGUUGUGAAUUCUGCAAUAGGUGCCCAACUUGGUGAAGAUAAAUCUGGAUUGAGAGUUGUCAACGUAGAGUCGAAGGACAUUACUCACCAGUAUUACACGCUAGACGAAUUACCAGAUGCUUUAAAUCAUGGGCUUGAAUUAUACUUGAAUUAUAAAGCAAUCACCAUAAUACUAUUGAAUUGUACUUUCUUGAAUUCUUAUGCCUAUAGGUAGAAACUAAAAAUAUGCUGCAAUAUACGUUUUACCUGAAUUCUGCUGUACUCAAGUGUUAAAUUGCUUUAGUAUUGGUGUGUUGAAUUAAGCUUAUGUAUGAGAUUAUUAUUGAUAUGCAAUCAUGUUAGCUUAUAAUUCUUUUCAAGUUCAAGUGUUAGCAAUGAAUUUUAUUUUAUGUUAGUAUCAAUGAAUGCAAUAUUUUAAAUUAUAUUGUAUUGGUGUGUUGAAUUAACUUUAUGUAUGAGAUUAUUAUCAAUGUGCAAUCACGUUAGUUUAUAAUUCAUUUCAAGUUCAAGUGUUAGCAAUGAAUUUUAUUUUAUGUUAGAAUCAAUGAAUGCAAUAUUUUAAAUUAUAUUGUAUUGGUGUGUUGAAUUAACUUUAUGUAUGAGAUUAUUAUCAAUGUGCAAUCACGUUAGUUUAUAAUUCUUUUCAAGUUCAAGUGUUAGCAAUGAAUUUUAUUUUAUGUUAGUAUCAAUGGAUGCAAUAUUUCCAAAUUAUAUUGUAUUGUUGUGUUGAACUAUCCUUAUGUAUGAGAUUAUUAUUAAUAUGCAAUCACCUAAGUUUAUAAUUCUUUUCAAGUUCAAGUGUUAUGUUAGUAUCAAUGAAUGCAAUAUUUCCAAAUUAUAUCUGUAAUUUUGGGUGUUCACUAUCUUUGCUUUUCUUGCUUUGCAGAAAACUAUCUUAUAAAAUAUCUAACAUGGCCACAGCCCGGUAUUAGAACCACUAGACUUCUCCUAUUAUCGUGAAAGUCGUAAAAAAUGCUGAAAUAAUUGACAUAACUUCAUUUUCACAAUGUUCAACCUGUUCUGGCAUAGUUCUCAUCAGGCAACACCUACAAUACAGUAAUACUUUUACAGUUUUAUGUUCAAUUUGGCAAUUGACAGAUUGAAGACUGUAGGCUUCAUUAUUUUAGUACUUGACACUUACUUGAUUUUAUAGCGACCAGGAUGAUGAAAUUGGUUCAUCAGUUAUAUUUGACUGUACUUGCAUGUGUUUUGCAACAAAGUAACAGCCAGCUUUUGAAAGCAAAAAAUCGUGAGGUGGUCGGAUUCACCAAAUCGGAUCAAGGUAAAUGGAUUGCUCCAUACACGUUCAUACAAGGAGCAGAUCCUCAACCUGGCCUUAUUGACCAGAUUACUGGGGGAGAUGGUACUGUUUGGGUAGAAGAUAUUCGGCGCUUAAAUAAAGCUGUAUCAGAUAUUGAUGACAUUCAAAAUAAACCAAAAUUCUUCUUCAUUAGUGGGGAUUUAGUUAAUGCCUUUCCAGGAGUCGAACCUUAUAGGCAACAGCAGAUUGAUGACGUUAAUGAAAGCCUUGCAAAUAUGCAGAUUCCUACAAUGGUUAUUAGUGGAAAUCAUGACUUACUAAACACACCCACCAGAAAUUCAAUAGAAGAGUUUAAACAGAUAUGGGGAGAUGAUUAUUAUAAAUUUUAUUGUGGAGGUGUUCUCUACAUUGCACUUAACAGUCAAUACUUUUACGAUUCAUCAGAAGUACAAGAUCUGGCACAAGCACAAUCGGAUUGGCUUAAAAAUGAGCUUCAACAGGCAAAAUCCGAUGAAGACCUUGAUAAUAUUGUCAUUCUUAUGCACAUUCCUAUAUUCUCGAAACAUGGAGAUGAAGAUGAUGAUUAUUUCAAUAUACCACGAUCAUUAAGAAUGGAUCUUCUUGACGAAUUCAUGGAGGCUGGAGUUAAAAUUGUCUUCAGUGGCCAUUAUCAUAGAAAUUCUGGUGGAAAGUGGUCCAAUUUGGUAAAUGGAACGAACCUGACAAUAGAAAGUGUUGUAAAUUCGGCAAUAGGUGCCCAACUUGGUGAAGAUAAAUCUGGAUUGAGAGUUGUCAAUGUAAAGUCGAAAGACAUUACCCACAAGUAUUAUACUCUAGAUGAGUUACCAAAUGUUCUAAAUCGUGGGCUCGAAUUAUAAUUUUACUCUGGUGCAUUAUUGUAAAGCAUAAUACUAUUGAAAUGUAAUUUCUCAAAUUCUUAUGCCUAAAGGUAGAAAUUAAAAAUAUGCUGCAUUAUACAUUUUACCUCUAGAAGUGCUGCUGUUAUUAAUACUUAGUGUUAUUGUUUCUGUAUUAGUGUGUUGAAUUAAGCUCAUGUAUGAGAUUAUUAUUAAUAUGCAAUCACAUUCUUUUAAGUUCAAGUGUUAGCAAUGAAUUUUAUGUUAGUAUUAAUGAAUACAAUAUUUUCAAAUUAUAUCUGUAAUUUUGUGUGUUCAAUAUCUUCGCUUUGCAGAAAACUAUCCUUUAAAAUAUUUAACAUGGCCACUCCCAGUACUCCUGGUCAAGGACAUUUCGAUGAAUACAUUGUUAAAGUUCCAAAAAAUACAACAAAAAAGUAUAAUGUCAUGAGGUUUGGAGGAGGUGACAAUAUGGAUAUACAGAAAUGGACCGGUGCCCGCAUAUCGAGAAAUAUGAGAGGAAAAAAGAUUUUUCAAGAAGAAGAGGUUUAUCCCGAGUUUGGAGCUGGAAGUGAAUAUGGAAGGAAGCAAAAAGAGCAAGCUCGUAAACUCAAAUAUGGGAUGAGGGUAUCAAAAUUUAAAGUAGAAGAUCAACCAUGGCAACUUUCUGUCACCACAACUGCUAAAGCACCGUAUUCCCCCAAAAAUAAAAACAAAGAGAAAAUGAUAUCGGUCACAAAAGAUUUUGACGGUAAGAAAGAAGGUGGAAUAGGAGAUAGUUCGAUGUAUUAUGUUUUCAUGCAACGACCAAAUUCUACAUUCGAGGCUUAUCCAGUCGAGUCAUGGUAUAAUUUUACUCGAAAAAUCAAGCACAGAACAUUAACAGAUGAGGAGGCAGAAGCUGAGUGGGAUAAGAGAGAUAAAAUUAUGAACCAUCUCAACUUUAUGGCGAGAAAACGUCUUCAACUCGAGGAAGAGAAAGAGGAUGAAGAAGAAGCCAAAACAAGUGGAAAAAAGAAGAAAAAUCCUGAAAAAGAAGGGAAAUCAGGAAGAGAAGCAGACAAUGGUUUACUCAUUCAUGAUGAAGCUGAUGAUGAACUUUUAAUGAGUGAAAGUGAUGAAAGCAGUGAUGAAGACAAGGCUAAGAAAAGCAAAAAAUCAAAGAAAAAGAAACAGAAGGAUGAUGCUGAUAACGAGGCACCAGAUGAAGCAUUGGAAGAAUCUGAUGAUGGUGACGGUGAAGGACAAGAACAUGAUUAUAACAGUGAUAUCAGUAGCGAAGAAGAGACAGCUAAUGAUUCAAGGGUUGCACCAAAAGGUCUUGAUGAGCAUGAAUCCUCUAGCAGUAGUGAUGAAGAAGAGACUAAACCUGAAGAAGUAGGAGAAGAUGGAAAACCGAAGAACAAGAAAAAGGCAAGCGGGGAUGAGAUGUCAACAUCAGGAGAAUCUGAUGUCGACAGUGAUAUAGAGAAAGAGGGAUCCGCGAUAUUUAUGAACGGACGCAAAACACCAACGAAGGGUAAAAAAGGCAGCAGCAGUAAUAGCCGGUCAUCUACUCCAAACAGCGAAGUUUUAAUAGGAGGCACAAAGAAUAAAUUACAAGAGGUCGCUAAAAAGUUAGAAUCAACUGGAAGAACGUCACCAAAAGUAAGCGGACUUCUAGGAAAGCGCCAUGCUGGCGGUGAAACUAGCGAUCUUGCCGGAAUCAAAAGACAGAAAAUGGGAGGUUCAAAUUCCGGCACAAGUACUCCAACUAAAGAUCAGAACUUAAUUACUGAGGAUUCCGUAAGACGUUACUUGCAACACAAACCUAUCACAACAAAAGAUCUUUUGAAGAAAUUUAAAACGAAAAAGACUGGAUUGACAAGAGAUCAAAUUCUUGAUACUGUUAUUAAAAUUCUAAAACGUUUGAAUCCAGAACAGAAAAAAAUUAAUGGGAAAACUCACCUUUAUUUAAAACAAACAUGAAAGCGGAUUCAAAAUAAUUUUGUAAUGUUCCAAUGAUUGGUAUCUGCAAGGUCAGAUUGCAAAUUAAACAACAUAAACAGUAUUUAUUAGCUUAUCGCUGCAGAAUUAUGGCUUUAUCAUUGCAGCUGAACUUUUCCACUUCACAUUUAUAUGUACUUGCAUAAGGUAUUUGCGUAAUUGGUGCCAAGUAAAUAUUCAAUGAGUCCACAGUAAACUUAUGCGACCAAUCUGUUAUUCAAAAUUGAGAUUUUAUUGCAUAAGUUUAAAUGUUUCAUGAAUGCAUCACGAUUUCUAUGAACGACAGUGCUGUAAUUAUGGAAUGGUAUUAUAUUUUGCAUUUUUGGAAAUAAACACAAAAUUAUUCCAGCUUAUUUCUUAUUCUAAAACAAUGUGAUGAAGAAAGCCUAUCUGUUCUGUCUUUGUGCAUUUUCUGCUUGCUUAUAGAGAAAUAGUCUUUAGAACUGAAUUCAACUUAUUCUGCUUUGAUGUGCUUAGUGUAUUAAAAAAAGUAAACAAAAACUUGAAACAAACCUUGUUAUUAAGAUAUGAUUGAGAAUUGAUCUAAUAACAACAUUGCAAUUAUAACGGGACUUUAUUAUGCAGUUGUAUAAAUUUCUUGGAAAAUUUAAUAGGCAAUAUUAUGGUAUAUCAGGCUAUAGUCAUAUAAAUAAAAGUUAUUCAGUUUGAUGUGAUGAGAUUUUUAUGCCACCAUGCAGAUUCAAAUACAAAGCUCUCGAAAUAUACCUGGUAAUCCCAUUUCCAAUUCCCUUUUUAUGCAAAAUGAAACCUUUAAAUUAGAAUAAACAUAAAAAAGAAUCAUUAUUAUUCUCAUUAUAGCCAUAUAUGGAUAUUUUGUAUAAAUUUUCUGAAGCGUUAUCAAAAAUUUUAUCUAAAAAAUUACGAAUGGUUAAUAUUGAGAUAGAAUACAUCCAUGGGGGUUGUCUUAUGGUAGAUGGUAUUAAGUUAUCGAAAAUCAAUUGCAAAAGCUGAAUUAGUAUUUUUAAUGGCUUCACAGAGUGAAGUUCACUUUCUACAUUUCUAAUGUCAUAUUGCACAUAGAUCACAGUUUUGAUGUUUAACUGAAAAACCUUGGUACUUUUCGUUAUUUCUUUUCCUGUAGCUGUUACAUUGUCCUGUUAUUUUCUUCGUAUUUGUGAUCCAAUGUUGUGAAAUUUGUGACAGAUGGUAUAUAUCUUGACUGCCUUAAUAUGUUUGUUUAAAUUGCUCUCUUGUACUUUAGAAAAUUAUAAUAUAUGUGCUAUAUUAAAGAUAUUUAGUUUUUUCUGUCAAAAAAUUAAAAUGGCGAAAACGAAUGAAGAUAUCAAAGAUGUUUUGUCGAACACAUCAAGACUUGCAUCUUAUAACAUGGUUUUACAGAAACAAGAACCUGAUUUGAAGAAACCAAAAUUG